UUCACCCAGAUUUCAUAAUACAUAAUUAUAACACUUUACUCCUGUUACAAGUGAUAAUGUUUAACAAUAAAAAUAACCUUAAAGAGAACAAUGUUUUACUGAAAGCUGAAUCUCAGAUUAUUCUUACACAUCCGGAAAGAGAGCUAAAUGCAUCUUAUUGUGAAGCUGUGCCCAAUGAGUUCAUAGCAAGUACCAUUUUACCAGCAGCAGCUGGUAAUAAAUGAGUUAAAGCACAAGUCCAAUGUUCAUAAUCUGGAAAAUUGGGCAAUAAACUGCUAACGAUAAAUAAAAUCCCCUGAUUGUUCUGCACAAUAUAUACCCUGUGCCAUCAUGAAACAAGUCUUAUCAACGGGUCCUGUUCCGUUGAUUAGCAACAUAGGAGAGAUGGGUGUUGGCUAAGUGUUAUUCUUCAUGAUGAUGCUGUUAUUGCUGUUGGUCAAUCAGGGAACAUGAGCUCACCAAUAAAUUUAAAAGUGACCUCAUAAUGCACACUUUACUGAUUGUCCUGCUAUGCGUGCAACAGGCUCUCUCAAACUUCGAUUCGUCGGUUACUUUUGCUGUUUUGUGGUUCCAUCUGCUUCAAAAAUUCAAGAUGUGGUAGCAAGUGGUCCAAUUUCUGCUGAUUCUAUGUUCUGCUGUUUGUUUUGAACAAUGGAUGUUAAUCAGUUUGGCGGCAUUGUGACGGUGCUAUCGCUGCUUAUCAUCACUUCCAAUGGCCUGGUGAUAGUGGUGCUGGCCCUGAUGAUCUCAAAGAACAGAUCUGCCAGCUUGUAUUUCAUCUUAAACCUGGCAAUUGCAGACAUGCUUGUGGGAUUCACCCUCUUUGGAACUGCAGUGAUAGUGCUCAGCAGACAGAGCUUUGCCACCAGCAGGACUUUGUGUAUAUUGCGGAUUUCGCUUUUAAUGUCCCCAUCUUCUGCCUCAAUCUUAACAAUGGUCUCUGUGGCUUUUGACCGUUUCCUAGCCAUAAAAGUACCUUUACGGUACUGCCAACUGAUGACGUAUAAAAUGGUGGCUGGGAUCAUUGUAGGACUCUGGAGCAUGGCACUUCUAAUUGGAUUCCUUCCAGGAAUCAUUAAACAGCUGAAACCUAAUCAAAAUAAUAAUAAUUGCACCCUGUUCUCUGUUGUCCAUCCCAACUACAUUAUAGCUGUGUUUUGUGCUUGCUUUGUUCCUGCUUCAUUAGUCUUCAUCUACUUCUACAGUGUAAUCCUCAGGAUAGCAUAUUCUCACACUCGGCAAAUUCUAGAGAGUGAACGAGUAGGCUCUGUCUCCAGCCCAGCUAAUCCGCCACGCUGCCACAUCCGAGACGUCAAGGCAGUGAGUACCAUUGCGAUUCUUGUUGGCUGUUUCAUGGUUGCAUGGGCUCCAUUCUUCAUUGCAAGUAUCGUGCAAGCAUGCUGCAUCACCUGUGAAUUGCAUAUUCUCAUUGAAGACUACCUCUGUCUUCUUGCCCUUUCCAAUUCCCUGAUGAAUCCGUUGAUUUAUUCCUACUGGCAAAAGGAUGUGAGAACGCAAGUUUGUCAGAUGUGCUGCUGUGCCAAGUUCAGAAUCGCACAAGUUCUUAGCUUCUGUUGUUGGUGGAAAGCAGGCGACAUGCAGAAUCCUGGUACAGAGAGAGGGGGCGACGAUCAAAUACGUGGGCCCUGUACUGCAAUCAGAUUGGCUACUUAUCCGACAACAACAAGCACAUCUAAAGGUAUGUGAAUGCACUCGAGUGGAAAGGGAGCAAUUUUUUUUAUUGGAAGCAGUCAAGUUGUUGUAGAUUGCCUUGAGGAGAAAUGUAGGUUUCAAGGUAGCAAGGAAAACAAGUACUUUUUAAAGUUAAUUUUAAGCCCAAUCCUUUG